CACAAUCAUCUUCCACCUUGAUAGCACGCGUCUGUUCUGUGGCUCGGUUGGUUGCAUGUGAAACUCGAGAUCGAUAUCAUGUCGUACGCGUCCAAACACGCACUCGAACAUCUUGGCGACCUCAAUCUUAUCAGAUACAGUGCUGCCUCUUUUCACGUUGAAUCGUUAUCCCCACACAUAGAGGAUUAAGAUCGAUAAUUUUCAAAUAGCCGCCGCGGGCCAAGCAUCAUUGUCUCCGGAGUCUUUUUAAGUACGUGGUAGAGAUGACGAUCAAGGGACAACAAUGCCAGGAUUUCGAUCGCGACGAUAAUCUUGAGCAUGGGGCGAUGUACCAUGGCUACUCCCACCCCAAAUAGACUCAAGAUGAGUCGAUUCCCCCAUUGUGUCGUUAACAGGUGUUCUCUGCUUCUUCUCCUCACCGAAACGCUUCCAUGAUUUCCCGGUUACUAGGCAGCUGCCAUAUGCUGGCUUUGACAGCACUUGCCUUUUUACUCACCCAGAUCGAGUGCACUCAGGAUCUCUCCGACACUUCUUGGAGCUCUAAAGCGUUCGAAUGGGGUCUACUUGGCCGGUAUCCACAGCAAUCGUUCAAAUCAUCGCCUUUCCGGCCGCCUCGAAUGAACACAGUCCGAUGGGAUGAACAAUGCGCUCAAGGAUACACUCUACUGAGCCUACGGGGAACCGCAGUUUCUAGUCCUGCUGGUAUUAUGUUGGAUGGACGUGGAGAUCUGGUGUGGAUGGACGAGGCGUUUGGUCCCUAUGUGAUGAACUUGAAGGUGCAAGAAUACAAAGGCGAGCAGUAUCUGACCUUUUGGUCUGGAGACAUCAGUCUAGGCUUUGGAUUGGGUACCUACUAUAUGCUUGAUUCCCAUUAUCAGGUUUUCAACCAAUUCUCUGCAUCGAAGACACUGGAGAACGACUUUCACGAAUAUGCCAUUACAGCCGAUGAUACAGCUCUGUUGACAAGUUAUGACACUAUCAUCACUGAUCUAUCAUCCCUUGGUGUUCAGAGCCAAGGCUGGGUUUACGACAGCCUGUUCCGAGAGAUCGAUAUCGAGACAGGAGAUAUCAUCUUCGAAUGGCGUGCUUCGGACCACUUCGCUAUCAAUGACACUUUCUACCCCAUCGGGUCUGCCGGCCGUAGCCCUGAGGCCCCUUUCGACUUUUUCCAUAUCAACAGCGUUGACAAAGACGAGGAUGGAAACUUCAUUAUCUCGUCCCGAUUCUUACACAGUAUUGUUUGCGUCUCUGCGAAUACAGGAGGAAUUCUCUGGAUCCUAGGAGGCCGUAACAAUGACUUCGAGGAUCUAUCGGACGGAAGCGCGACAGACUUCGCCUGGCAACACCAUGUCUCUGUGCAAGCGGGCAAAAGACUCAGCAUUUUCGACAAUGCCGCGUACAAGAAAUGGCAUGAGGAGCUGUUGGGAGAUAACAGUGAAAUAAGCCGAGGCAUGAUGGUCCAGCUCGACACAAGCAACAUGACCGUCGAACUGGUCCAUGAAUAUGUGAACCCUGGCUCGAGAGGGUCACCUCAGCAAGGCUCCAUGCAAGUCCUCGAUUCUGGCAAUGUGUUGAUAGGUUGGGGUUACCACGGCGGCUACACGGAGUAUGCCGCUGAUGGCUCGAUCCUCUGCGACACACAUAUCAAUCCGGCUGUGUUCUUCCCCUUCGGCUUUGUACACUCCUAUCGCGCCUUCAGGACCGCCACAUGGAUUGGCCGACCGAACACUCAGCCGGAUGUCUAUCUCAAUCCGAGCGACGGUUGCGCACUUGUGAGCUGGAUGGGUGCUACCGAAGUCACAAGCUGGAUCUUGCAAACUGCAGAAGCUACGUCUGGCGGUAAGUUGCAAUUCGCCAAUGCUGUCAAAACGCCCAAGGAUGGAUUCGAGACAGAAAUCGGGCUACCGGAUGGCGAGUAUGACUACUUGCGCAUCGUCGCCAUCGACAAGAACGGCAACGUGCUUGCCAGCUCCAAGAUAAUUACUGCAGACAAAGGGACUGUGGUUUCUUCCGGCAAGUUCAAGUUUGCAAUCGUCACAGCAGUGUUCUGGGUGAUGUGUUUCGUAGCGGGUAUAUCUUACCAGAAGAGAUUGAGGGUACUUAUUCGAAGGGGGCAGCAGAAGGUGAUGGGUAGUUCCUGGUUGCAGCGAUGGCGAAAUGGUAGAAGAUCCAGUACGGCGAAACACGAGGAGGAGGAGAGACUGUACGAUGGAUGAGAAAUACAUAAUCCUUGAAAUCUCUGCAGUGGAGC